GAAGUUGGCUACAGUGCAUGAAUCGUCCAUUUUCUCCGCUCCUCGUCGGAGACGCUUGAGGCACGUGUUUGAGAAAUUUUGUUUGGUUAAACAAAGGUCCUUUGUGUUGUGAACGAGCAAGUCUUUAGUCGCUAACUGUUUGUUGCGACCCCGGGAGCCGGUUUUUCACAAAUUUUGUGUUCAACGUCCUUUACCAUCAUGAACGCAGAGAAACUGAGGAAGCUGCAACAGCAGUCGGCCCAAGUCCGCAUAGGAGGCAAAGGCACACCUCGUAGGAAGAAGAAGGUUGUGCACGCGACAGCCGCCACCGACGACAAGAAACUGCAAAGUUCACUUAAGAAGCUCUCAGUAAACACAAUCCCCGGCAUCGAGGAGGUUAAUAUGAUCAAGGAUGACGGCACUGUGAUCCAUUUCAACAACCCCAAGGCCCAGGCCUCUCUAGCCGCCAACACCUUUGCCAUCACCGGCCAUGCGGAAUCCAAGCAGAUCACAGAGAUGCUCCCAGGAAUUCUGAGUCAGCUCGGCCCUGAAGGCCUAACUCAGCUCAAACGUCUUGCAUCAAGCGUCGCCUCAAGUGCUGGUGGCGCCAAGCUGGCCAUCGACGAGGAGGAUGAGGUUCCAGAACUCGUCGGCAACUUCGACGAUGCCAGUAAGGAGGAAGCGGCUGUGAGUGAAGACAAGAAGUCGGAGUAAAUGCUGUUGAAGUUCCACAACUCUGGAAAAUCUGGCAGUGGCGAGGAUAGGAAUCCACUCAUCUCGAAGAGCUCUUUCGAUUCCAUCUCCAAUCAUCUGUUAAAGGCGCUAUCACAUGAACUAUUUUAUUUUGCUGAAACUAAGCCCACAUUCAUUUUAAUGCAUUGUUUUGAUUUAUAUUCAAAUUUUGUGCCUUAUGUGAGUGUUUUGUGGUUAGACUAAGCAAAAUUUUCCUGGUAGUUUACUAGUUUGUAGUUCUUCUCAUGACUGUCCACCGUGCCUACCUCUUAGAGGCACUUUGCAUUCAAACCUCAUUAUAAAUCAUGCAAAUUGAAUUAACUUCGUUGAAGGGUUGUGAUGGGGUCACAUUAUCAGCUCAUGGAGCUGUGUGACCAGGUUGGAUCCAUUAGACUGGAAAUGUUGCCAUCUGCUGUUUCAGGCCAAGUAAUCUUAGUUGUGACUUGGACAAUUUUAAAUUGCAUCUCUUAACUAUUUUUUGGAUCAACUAUGAUCAUUGUGGUUGCGUGUGUUGCCUGAACUGUCCUGCAAAAUCUAUCAGGACUUGCUUCUCUAUGCAAUGAAAAUUGCAUUACUUAAGUGAAGCAUAUUCAUAACCAUAUAUUUGUGCUAUCAUUUGUUUUGAACAUUGUUUUUACAUUCGAGUAAUAAACUCACAAGGGUGAUCUUGAA